AUGGGUAGGCCCCUGCCUACUCCUGCUAGGGCACCAGUCCGAGUCCCUGGCUUUGAAUCAGAUGCUCCAGGCCUUUCGGAGAAUACUGUUUCGCUUCCGGCCGCCACUGAUCCAUUUGCUGACCGAACCUGGCGUAAUGACUUGGAUACCAUUGGCCCGACGGUCUUGGAACAAAGCCUCAGGCAGCGGAAUUUCAGCCAGUUUCUUGAUACGGUUGCACUGAUUGAGGUUCUGACUGAAGUGCUUCAUGGCCCGGUUGUUGCUCAGUCACAUUCGGUCGCUGACACUACGAUUCAACAGAUUUGCCUGGAAGACUCCAUUCCUACCACUCACUUUCAGAACAGCUGUCUGCAACUUCGGGAGCUAGUCCCACAUCCCCGAUCCAGCGGGGAUCUUGGUGGAGCCCCUGAUUGGCUUGAUAAUGAUAUCAGGUCAUUGUGCAUGGACCCUCGAGUCCCGACAGCCUUACGGCAGCAGUUUUCCUGUUUCCGCAAGUGGCAUGGGGAUGGUGAUCAACAUGGUCCCUUUGACGGAGUUCAUGUGUACACAGACGGCUCGGCAGAUAGUGGGGACAAUAUCAGUCCAUGCUCCUGGGCCUUCAGUGUUUGGUGCCGUCGUGGCGCACAGCUUUUUCUUUACGGAUACUCCGCCGCCACGGCAGUUUUGCAUGGUACUCCUUAUUUUGUCGGAGAGACCCAAGACACUCCUGUCCAAUCCGAACUGUUGGCACUGAUUUGGGCAUUGGUGUGGGCUGUUGAGUUUUGCCCGGCACUGCACUCUUGUGUGACCUUCCACUUCGAUGCCACCAGCGUAGGGUAUGGAGUUUUCGGCGCCCAGUGUGCGGUGCGAUGUGAAGCUCAUGAAGGCUUUGCGUCUCUUCCGGCUUUGGCAAGCUCUCUCCGGCAGUACCUCUCUGCAAUUGUCAGCGUUGACCAUGCUCAUGUACUAGGACACAGCGGUGUGCUGCCCAAUGAGUUGGUGGACCAGCUUGCAAAAAGAUCACGCAAGUGUCCAGAAUCUCUCUGGGAUCGUUGCAUGCCCUCCUGGCCACAUGAUCUUGCCCAGCAUGAGCUCCUGCCUUGGCUGUGGGUCUUAGCAGCUCAUAGACAUGAUGUCCCUUCAUUGUUCGCCUUCGAGUCAGAGGCGCAUCGACUCCAGAGUGAGACAAUUCAUGAUUUUGUUGCCAUCACCUUCAAUGUUCUUACUCUCAAAGACAAACCCGGGGGAGCCGCAGAUCUUGAGUUGGACAGGCAUGGGCCACUCUUUGUCGCCCUGCAGGAAACACGUAUUCAAGAUACUGCUGUUUUACCGGAUUCUUCCUACUGGAUGCUUCAUGCAGGAGCGACCUCGCAAGGGGUAGGUGGGUGUGCGUUAUGGAUAGCAAAACGCAAGGCGUAUGCUGUACACGCAGGUCGAGAGCAUUACUUGCAGCUGCAGCACUUUGUCGUUACGGGCCAAUCGCACCGUCACCUCUGUGUCAGUAUUCAGGCUCCCUACAUGAAGCUCUUCAUUGUAGUCGCGCAUGCCCCUUCGCUGGCCAAGCAUUGUGUUGAGGAGGUUAGGCUGUUCUGGCGUACCCUUUCGGACGCUCUCCACAAGCGGCCUGCGGGCACGGAUUACUUGGUGCUCUUAGAUGCUAACUCUCGUCUUGGAGAGGUCCCUACGGACGCUGUUGGGUCCUGCGGUGCUGAGCCAGAGAACACUGCAGGUACCCUUUUCCAUGGGUUCGUCCUUGAUCAAGGUGGCUUUCUGCCAUCCACUUUCCCUGAGUUUCACGAGGGCAGUCACCCGACGUGGCUUUCAGCGCAAGGGCACUCUCACAGGCUGGACUAUGUCAUGGUGCCUUCCUCUUGGAAGUCUUUUCGACUUCGCACCAGUGUGUUGCACGGUUUUGAGGCGAUGCAGCUCAAGGAGGAUCAUUCACCACUCCUCCUGCAUGCUUGUUUCGCUGGGCGCGCGCCUCUCGCCUCUUACACGGAGAAGUGCACUCAUGCAGCGCGGCCGGUUGUCUCCCAAGACACUACAGAGCGCCAGCAUCAAUUAGGGGUCUUGAAGGGGCUCCGUACCGCGCCAUGGCACGCUGCACCGGACCUCCAGUAUGAGUGUUUUGUUUCGCAGUGGCGAUCGGCUGGUCAAGACCUGGCCCGCAAGGCACCACCUCGGCCGAGACAGGUCUACCUUUGCCCUGACACCAUUGGCCUUGUCGACACGUGUCGUGCACUUCGUGCCUAUUUGAGGCAUGAAGCCGGGGAACGCUCACAACGGCUACUCAAGCUUGCCUUUGCAGCCUUUGUUCUCCUUGCCAGACGCCAGCAAUUUACUGACGCGACACGUUCGGUCGCAGAUGACUGGCUGCGGGACCUCGAUUACAGCGAGGCUAGAGCCGCAGCGCUCCUUCGUUACUUCGUUGGGAGACUGCGCAAAGCUGUUCAUAAGGACAGGCUCUCAUACCUGCAGGGCUUGGUUACGGCCGUCAGCCAGUGUGACGUCAGGGACGCCAGAUCGGUCUAUGGGGCCAUUCGGAAGGCUUUCCCUUCAGCUCGAUCUUCCCGGCGCAGCUCCUUCGUACCGCUCCCAGCUGUCGAGCUUCCCUCCGGAGAGCUUGCUGUGACGCCGGCACAAAAGGCCGAUUGCUGGCGCGCCUAUUUUGGGGAACAGGAGGCUGGUGUGCCCGUGGAUGAGCUGAAAUAUGUCACUGCUUUUAAUGCUCGUCAGAGGACCCCAGUUCCUUUUGACUUCCGGGCUGUCCCUAGUCUGUCUGAGCUCGAGCAGGUUGCAUUGCAAGUGAACAAGUCCAAGGCUCCUGGUCCUGACGGGAUAACUGGCGACUUGCUCAGACUGUGCCCCGUGCAGGCAGCUGUCCAGCUCUAUCCGGUUAUCCUAAAGACGGUUUUGGCCAUAUGUGAGCCUAUCGAAUUUAGGGGUGGCCUGCUGCACUGCUUGGCCAAACGUGCGGGGGCGGCACUUCAAUGCAAGCAUUUCCGAUCAAUCAUGCUCUCCUCCACCCCUGGAAAGCUUUAUCAUCGACUCCUCCGGAAUCGGUUAGUGCCCCUACUUGCCGACCAUGGACAUCCCACCCAAGCGGGAACCAUUCCAGGUGUUGGCAUUGAAGCCAUCUCUCUGCUGAUCCGAUCCUUUCAGAUGCAGCGUCACCACUCCGGGGGACUUUGGUCUCUGAUCUUUUAUGACCUUCGUGCAGCCUUUUACAGGGUCGUCCGAGAGAUGCUUUUCCAGACUGAUUUGUCUGACCAAUCCAUCUGUGCGCUUGUGCAUCGGCUCGGACUCCCGCAUACAGCGUUGCAGGAGAUCGCUUCGCAGCUGCAAGCCAUUGCAGUAUUGCCCUCAUGUGGUGCGAGUCCGCAUUUGACUGCGUUAGUCCAGGACAUGCUUCAUGCCACCUGGUUCAAGGUCGAUGUAAGUGACACUAUCACCCUUACUUGUAAGGGGACGAGGCCGGGAGAUCCUGCUGCGGAUGUUCUUUUCUCACUGGUCUUCGCGGCCUUCGUUCGCACACUUGAGCCUAUCUUGCAGGCCCACGGCCUCACCUCGCCUGUUCGCGGGACUCCAUUAGCUCCGGAAUGGGCGGCCCUUCCUGAUGGGGGUUCUUUCGGUCUUCCCUCCUGGGCCGAUGAUUUUGUGUCGCCAGUUGAGGCUACAGGGCCUGCAGCCCUUGUUGAUUCCGUGCGGCGCACAGUUAAGCUUGUGCUCGAACGUGCCACGUCUUUGGGCAUGCAGCUCACUUUUGCUGAUGACAAGACAGCAGCACUUUUGCCCUGCGGUCAUGACUGGUUUCAGUUUGGUGCGGACUCCGGCCCCCAAGGCCAGGCAGGCGUUUGGGUCACUGAUGAUCUCAGCUGUGAGCAACACUUCCUUCCAUUUGUUUCUGCGUACAAACAUUUGGGACACAUUCUCACAUCUUCGACCACGCCACAGCCUGACAUCCUGUUUCGACGGUCAAGAGCUCAGGGGGUCAUCAAGCCUGUCAAGUCGCGGCUUUUUGGAAAUCGCAACAUCCCUUUGGGCAUCCGGCGCAAUAUCUUGCGCUCUUUAGCGGCCUCCCGGUUUGUUCACUCCAGUGCUGCUGUAAUACUGCCUGCAGCCAUUCACGAAAGGCAGUGGGAUAGAGCUUUUCUGGACAUUUGGAGAGUUUUGCUCCCGCGGACCUCGGCGGAGACUCAAGCCCAUUCUCUGGCUGUGCUUGAGGUUGCCCAGGCACCGUCGCCUCCACUGGCACUGGCAGUUGCCCGCGCACGUUUUCUGGAGAAAUUGACUGUUCAUGGCCCUGCAGUUCUUCGUGCUGUCCUUUUCGAGCACUGGUUGAAGCACCGUCGUAGCUCGUGGCUGGCGCAGGUCGAAGGGGACAUCAAGCUUGUCUUACAGUAUCUUCCGGACCUCUCUCCUCUUCUGGAUGGUGAUCGGGCUCUGCACCAACUAUUGGAGGCCAUACAGGAGGAACCAAGCUGGUGGGUUCGUAAGACCAAGGCCGCAGUUGCUAUGUUCCUUGGAGACCUCAAGCCGUGGCGUGACCUACGGCUUGGCAAGGAGCCUGCUGAGAUCACUGCGAACUUUCCCCACAGGGAAGUAGAGUCUGCCGGGGUUGAUGACCAAUCCUUUCACUGUCAUUUGUGUCGAGCAGCCUUUCGUCUCAGGAAGCACCUCGGGGCUCACCUUGCACGUACGCACCGGGUUUGGAGCCCGUCACGUCACUUCACGAUGGCCGAGUACUGUCAUGGUUGCCACAGAUGGUAUGGCUCAGCUUCCCAAGUGGCGCAACACUUAAAACAGUCAGACUCCUGUCUAUGGAGACUUUGUCAUGUUUUUCCUCCUUUGAAUGAUGAGGAGAUCGCUCAGGUCGAAAGUGAAGAAAAGAAGAGGCAACGACUCCUCAAGGGUGGGCAGUGGACUGCCUAUGUUGGGGUGGGGCAGCGAGCCCUAUUUUAUGGUCCACUUACGCCGACCGCGGAGGAACGCUUGGGUCAGGUCGACUUCUUUGAUGAGGAUGUUGAUCUGAGUUCGCUCCGCAGCGUUUUUCACCCUAGUCCAGCAGAUGUGGCUUGGAUUUCCGCCCACAUUGCUGGUCGAUCCGUUGAGGGACGGCGGGAGACCGCCUGCUCUUGUUGGAGGAGUCGUGCCGCGCACAGUUUCACCUUGCAUAGAAUUUAG